AUGGCGGAGUACUUGGAGCAAAAUAUCGAAGAUGUUAAAAACUAUGUUCAAAAGAAUUACACUUAUCGGCAGAUUAGCGACAUUUUCAAGCAGCAUUUUCCUGGGGUUAGUCGAGGUUUCUCGGAGAGAAAUAUUCGGUUAUUCUGUUCAAAGCAUGGAAUAAGGAAACUGGACAAUUUUGAAGUGGACACCAUUAUUCAACAGUCUAUCAGUGAGGUAUUGUGUGCCGUAACUGAUUAUUUUCAAUAGAUAUGUGUACGUUUAGCGUUGGUAAUAUUGUGAAGGCAAAAGAGUUUAAUAUUCAUAAUUAAUUGAAAUUGAGAAAUGGUAUAUCUAGUGGUAUAUCGAGCUAACGCAAUCCCAAAAGUUAAGCAAAUCACCUCUGAAAAUGACCUGCGGCCUAUAUCAAUCUUGCCAGUACUGUCGAAAGUGUAUGAACGCCUAAUCUUUCGCCAGCUUUCCAAAUUCAUCGAUGAUAACAAAUUACUGAGUAGUACCAUCUCUGCAUAUCGAAAGGGCCAAUCCACCACAACGGUCAUGCAAGCCAUACGAGAUGACAUCACGAAAGCAAUGAGUCGUGGAGAAGUCACGAUGAUGAUCUUCGCUGAUUUCUCGAAAGCUUUUGAUACGAUCCGUUUUAAAAAUCUCAUCUCGAAAAUGAGCAAACUGGGCUUCUGCAAGGAUUUUCUUACAUGGACACUAAAUUAUGUCUCGCAUCGUAAACA